AUGGGUUAAGAUACCGCAUGUGUUAUUAGGAGCAAGUCUCAUAUAGCCAUAUUCACCCCAAAAGGCUCCCCAAGAAUUUUUAACAAUCCAGUUUCCUUAUUCAUCAUAGCCAACAGCUAAUACUUCAUGAUUAAAUACAAUAUUAGGUUAUCACAUCCGUUGUAAAUUCCAGACUUAUAACCACCCCAAUUAUAAGCAUUAACAUAAACAGAAACAGGAGAGAAAUUCAAAGCACGUUUUAAGUCAUUUGAAGUGCUUGGAACUUAAAUCCACUAUUUAGGCUUAAAGCCAUUAUUUGUGCCAGUCAUAUUACAAUUUUUCUAAACUGCAAUAUAGGGAUAAUUGUCUAAGGUAGUGAUACCUACUUUAGAGGCAUAAUCCAGAGAUUCAACAGCAAAUCCUCCAUUACAUCCUUAAGAGUAGUAACCAUUUGCAGAUAUGACACAAUCAACAAGUUAUUGCUCUGAAAAAUCAACCAAAACUUUGUUUUAAAUGAAGUUAAAUGACUCCAUUAAGGCAGCUCCAGCGAAACUCCAGCACGAACCACAGUUACCUUAGUAUUUAACUGAAGUUACAGCACCUUAUGUUCUCCAGUCUAUUGAAGCAAGUAAGGUUUUUUGA